UGCCCCGGAGGGAGGCGGCGCGGCUCGCGCUCCAGCAUGGCGGCGGCGGUGCGAGCUGCGGGCCGCCUGCCUGCGCUGUGCGGCGUGUCGACGGGUCGUUUAUGGUGCAGGCAGCUUUCCCUGAACACCUUUCCAACAGCUUCUGUUUUGGCGCUGAAGACCACUCUCAGCAAUGGCCCUUUGUCACUUCGGGGAACCAGAGACAGCCGACACUUCACCAGCUUGAGCCAUGCGCUACAGACACAGUGCUGUAUCUCUCCUCCCAGCAGCUGGUCAGGCCAGCAGUACAGACCCUACAGCUUCUUCACUAAAUUGACAGCAGAUGAGCUCUGGAAAGGUGCUUUAGCAGAGACUGGUGCUGGGGCAAGAAAAGGAAGAGGCAAAAGAAGCAAAAAAAAGAGAAGGAAGGAUCUGAACAGGGGUCAGGUCAUUGGUGAAGGGCGCUACGGCUUCCUGUGGCCGGGUCUGAAUGCCCCUCUCAUGAGAAAUGGAGCCGUGCAGACUAUUGCCCAGAGGAGCAAGGAGGAGCAGGAGCAGGUGGCGGCUGACAUGCUCCAGCAGAGGGAAGAGUGGGACCGGAAGCGGAAGAUGAAAGUGAAGCGGGAGCGAGGCUGGAGCGGGAACACGUGGGGUGGCCUCAGUCUCGGCCCCCCGGACCCUGGUCCCAAUGGAGAGACCUAUGAGGACUUUGAUACCAGGAUACUCGAGGUAAGAAAUGUUUUUAAUAUGACAGCCAAAGAGGGGAGGAAGAGAUCAGUCCGUGUCCUGGUGGCUGUGGGGAAUGGGCAGGGAGCUGCAGGUUUUGCCAUUGGGAAGGCCACUGAGCGGGUGGACGCUUUCAGGAAAGCAAAGAACAAAGCCAUCCGCUAUUUGCAUUACAUAGAGCGGUAUGAAGACCAUACAAUAUUCCAUGACAUCUCGUUGAGAUAUAAGAGGACGCACAUCAAGAUGAAGAAACAGCCCAGAGGAUACGGCCUCCGCUGCCACAGGGCCAUCAUUACCAUCUGCCGGCUCAUUGGCAUCAAGGACAUGUAUGCCAAGGUCUCUGGGUCCGUCAACAUGCUCAACCUCACCCGGGGCCUCUUCCAUGGGCUCUCCCGCCAGGAAACCCACCAACAGCUGGCCGACAAGAAGGGUCUCCAUGUGGUGGAAUUCCGGGAGGAAUGUGGCCCCCUGCCCAUUGUGGUCGCCUCCCCCCGGGGGGCCUUGAGGAAGGAUCCUGAGCCAGAAGAGGAGGUUCCUGACAUCAGGCUGGACUGGGAAGAGGUGAAGGCUGCACAGGGAAUGAAGCGCUCUAUUUGGUCAGGUCUCAAGAGGGCCGCCACCUAAUCUUCUCGCCACUGACCUUCCUGCCACCUGGCCCCCCCACUGCAACACCGUGCCUGCUGCCCUAGGCACCUGGGGACUCCCCCCUCACAUCUUGCCAUGUCACCUCUUUUUUUUUGAGGAAAUUUCAACAUUCUUUAUUUACAAAUAAAUAAUUCUAGUUUUGAUUUA